GCACAUCUGAGCUCCUGCACCGCGGGUCUGCUGUACAGAUGCAUCAUACCGUUGCAUGCGCAUGCGCGCUGCACUCUCGCUGCUGCUGUAUGACGCUGCAUGGAUGGCCCUGCUGCUGACUGCUGCUGUCAGCUGGCGCGUUGCUGCUGCUGCUGCUGCAGGCCGCCAUGCGAUCAGCAUGGAGGUUGAGGUUGAGGUGCGCGGUGCUCAUGCGAUGCACGCCGGCCCUAGCCUAGCUGCCGCGCGCCCCUGCCCUGCGGUUGAUGAGCAAGUCAACCAACCGGCUCGUCAAACUCCGCCCGCGCAGCAUCGGCAGCGUCGAUUCACGAUUUGCAUCGCGAGACGAGACGACGACAGUCGUCAUCCCCGCUCCCCGCUCUCCGCUCGAUCAGCUCUCCUUGCCACCGACAAUCACGAGUUUAAGCCUCGCGAGGCCGCUUGCUCAUCGACCCUUCGCGCCUUCUUGGUGGCAAGUAGCGGCCCAUCCUCAUCAUCUUAGCAUAGUAUACGAGGCCUUUUCAACCACGGGCGACUCAUCGGGCGCCAAGUAUGCACGCUUUGCCUUCACGACACGCGACGUGCGCCUUCUGAAAUUGUUCAACGACGACCAUCAUCAUUCCCCUUAGAGGCACCUAAGGCACCCCCUUUAUCAUUAGAAAUCGGAGACUUCGCG